CGUGAUGCAAGACUGGAGUAAGGAUUACAUGUUCGGCUAUCAGUUUUUGAACGGCUGCAAUCCUGUCAUGAUCAAGAAGUGCAAGGAAAUUCCAGACAAGUUUCCAGUCACACCUGAGAUGGUGAAGGGCUUUCUGAAGAAAGGAGUCACACUACAAGAGGAAUUAACGGCGGGAAAAAUCUACAUAGUGGAUUAUGACAUACUGGAGGGAGUCCUAACAGCCAACGAUCCGGAGUGUCUGAAUGCGCCCCUCUGCCUGCUGUACAAGAACAGACUGGACCAAAUUGUGCCAAUUGCCAUUCAGCUCAAUCAAACCCCAGGGGAAAAGAGCCCAAUCUUUCUCCCAAGUGAUAAUAAAUAUGAUUGGAUGCUUGCCAAGAUGUGGGUGAAAUGUGCCGACUUCACUGUACACCAGUUGGAGACGCACCUUCUCAAGACACAUCUGAUAUCAGAGGUUUUUGAAAUGGCCAUGUACAGACAGCUCCCUGCAGUCCAUCCUGUAUACAAGUUACUGAAACCUCAUGUUCGUUUCACAAUUGCAAUCAAUGCAGAGGCUCGUAAAAGUCUCAUCAGUAAAGACGGGAUCAUCACCCAGAUUAGUAGCCUCACUGACAAAGGGAAAAAUGAAGUGAUUAGAAAAGCCAUGGAGAAUUUAUCCUAUGAGUCCCUGUGCUUCCCUGAGACCAUAGAGGCUCGAGGAAUGGAAGAUGCGCCCAAGUACUAUUAUAGAGAUGAUGGCAUGAAGAUCUGGGAGGCAAUACACAAUUUUGUGUCUGCUGUGGUCAACAUCUACUAUGACAGCGAUGAGAAAGUUCAAGGAGAUGAGGAGAUUCAAGAAUUUGUUAAGGAUUGUCACCAUGGCAUGAAAGAAUCUCCCAAGUUUCCAAAGUCUCUGAGAACUCGAGAGGAGUUAGUCAAGUACCUGACCGUUGUGAUAUUCACAGCUUCAGCACAACAUGCCGCUGUAAACUUUGGACAGUUUGACUGGUAUGGCUGCAUCCCCAACAGUCCUUCCAUCAUGCGCAAGCCGCCUCCCGAACAGAAGGGCAAAGUGGACAUGAAGUAUAUCAUGGAGAGUCUGCCUGAUCGUGGAUGUUCCAGGACGACUCUAGGAGCAGUUUGGGCCCUCAGUUGCUUCCAGACGGAUGAGCGGUACUUAGGCAUGUAUCCAGAGAUGGGCUUCACAGAGGAACCAGUGAAGGAAGCCAUAAAGACUUUCCGUGAGGAACUAGAUGAGGUGACCAAAGAAAUCAAGAGCCGGAAUGAGGAAUUAAAAUUGGCUUAUUGUUAUUUGUCCCCAGACAAAAUCCCCAACAGUGUUGCAAUUUGAGAAAAUAUUGUGCCAGGUCUAUAAAUAAUGUUUAUGGCCAAUGUGUGCUUGAUAUAAGAGAGAAGAACAGCUCUACUUAAGUAUUGUAAAACACAGAGCAUUCAGCCUUUUGAGGCGAUUUAUAGAAAUUAUGUUUCAUUAACUCUUUUUGUAUUUGACUCUGUUGCUGGGAAGUAAGGGAUAUUACUUUGUAAUGCCAUCUGUGCACAUAUGUAUGUUAUCUCAGGGGUUAUUGUUUGGUUCACACCAGGAAAGCAGAACAGUUUAUUUGACUAUAUGCUUUAAAGAGCUAAACUUGUGCUAUAAUCCAUUUAUUAUUGUCUUUCUUUUUUAUUCUUUUCUUUAAUCAUAUAAACUUGCAAAUGUAUAUAUCCAUACUGUGGUAUUAAUUCUCAUUACUCAUCUUUUGAUUCAUUUAUUCAUAUUCUUUAUUGCUCAGAUAAUCUAUUGUUUGUAGUCUAUUUUAGAUAAUCAUUUGAUUUAUUUUUUACCUUACAGUUAAAUUGAGAUCUUACAGAUCUUAUCUUCUAUAUUGAUUUUGCGAUGAUUAUAUUGUAUACACAUGAAUGCUGUAAAGGAAAUGUUUUGAGAUUGUGAACAACUCUGACAGCACUUCAAAUGGUUCUUACAUUUGC